UGUUCAUCCGCAGACAAAGAUGGUUUCUCCUGGCACUGUGGUCAAGAGCGAGGGUCCAAAGCUUGUUCCGUUCUUCAAAGCCACUUGCGUCUACUUUGUUCUGUGGCUGCCCACCUCGAGCCCCUCCUGGUUCAGUGCCCUCAUCAAAUGCCUGCCCAUCUUCUGUCUUUGGGUUUUUCUGCUCGCCCAUGGCAUCAGCUUUUUAGGUGCCCACUCCAGUGCCAGGAAAAUCCUGGCAGGACUUAUUUUUUCAGCUUUGGGUGACGCAUUUCUCAUCUGGCAAGAACAAGGCUACUUUAGUCAUGGACUGCUAAUGUUCGGCAUCACCCACAUUCUCUACUCUUCGGCCUUUGGGAUGAAGCCCCUCAACUUGAGAGCAGGUCUGGUCAUCGCUGUCAUCUCAGGCCUCAGCUACACCCUUCUGUACUCCUACCUCUCUGGUCCCUUCACCUACCUGGUGGCUGUUUACAUCGCUCUCAUCGGCUUCAUGGGCUGGAGGGCCAUCGCUGGAGUCCAGCUCACCAAUGACCUCUGGACCUGGACGAAACUGUCGGCCUGCCUCGGAGCUGUCCUCUUCAUGGUGUCCGACCUCACCAUUGCCGUCAACAAGUUCUGCUUCCCAGUUCCCCACUCCCGAGCCAUCAUAAUGGCCACCUACUAUGCUGCCCAGAUGUUGAUCGCACUGUCGGCUGUGGAAUGUCAAGAUGCUGAUGCGGCUCGGAAAAGAGCUUGAGGAACCACACAUUAACCAACCUUCCCCUAAUGACUCAACAUCAUUAGCAGCUACACAGGUUCCACUUUCUGCAACCCCUGGUCCAUCCACAGUUCCCCCGUCUGACCAUGACCAGGAUAUAUUGGUUAUAGUUGAGGAAUUGCCCGUUUAGGAUCAUGUGAGACCAAACCAAUGGGAGUAUUCCAUGCUGGAUUCAUUUACAAGGUUAGAUAGUCUUGGAGUCUUAAUCAGGUUGACUCUUGACUUAGUCAGGUCUCUUUCCAUACUUGCAAUACUGCAUUUGCUUUCAGUAGUAGUACCAUCUUUUUGGUAUUGAGAAAGGAAAGACGGAUGAGUUUUGGCCUUCUGGUUACUAGUUUAAAAUAUUCAGUUUUUCCCAACUUACAGUACCCCACUUGCUUUCCCAUUAAGUAUUGUCUCCAUUUCGACCGAGACUAUCCCAGUUUCUUCUCAAUGUCUCUGAUAUCUUGUCCACUUCAUAGAGUCCCUGAUGGCUUAUAUUGUGAACAAAGGGUGAGUCUUGAGUGACCAGUGUUUGUCUGUAGAAUGGACUAGCAAACAAUACAAAGUAGUUCAGAUUCUUCUUAGGGGGCUGGUUUCCCCCUUCUCACAGUAGAUUUCCCAAAUCUAAUCAGAGAGCAGCAUGACAACCAUUUCACAAACUAAAGCAGAUAUGUUAGCGUAGUGAUGCUGUACUGAAAUUCAAUGCACAAGUCCUUGUCAUAGUAUUGUGAGGUAUACCUUUUCCUGUGUCACUGACACGUUGCAAAGUCAUUUUGUUUCAUAACUUUGAGUUAGUACACAUACCUCCAUGCCUGCAUGCACAUGUGCUGGAGAAGUUGUCUUGUCAAGCCCAAUAGACUGCAACCAGUGCUAGCAUUGUCUCUGGAGUAGAUGAAGCCGGUAUCCUACACUACGUUCUGAGAUGUGACCAAUACCAAUAGGAAAACACAGCGCGAGACUCUCAUAAAAAUGGAUGUCGGUCUCUUUCUUGGAGGGGAUUCGGUGACAGUGUCUAUUAUCUUUGUCUUAGGUUUCUGCCAAGUCAGAAGCAUUGCUUAGUACCUCUACCACAAGGAAACAGCAAAUAAGUACAAAUUGAACUAUUUAUUUUGUCUGUAUAGUAUCAGAUAAUGUUUGUAAAGAGGGUGUGAUGUCAGACGAUACACAUGUAUCAAGCUUCCAACCACUUUCCUUUGUCUAUUGCCAGAAGGAAGCAUUUUACUCAAGGGAAAGUGGGAAGCCCUGUGGUGGGCGAAUAGACAUCUGUGUCAUCAGCAGUGUCGUUAGUUGGUAUUUUAUUUUUAAGCCAGUAUUUUUUUUUAAUUCU